AAGAUGGCCGCCACCAUUCAGCGGGAAUGUCAACAAAUGAAUUUUUGAAGCAAUAUAACUAACCAGAGACUUAUAUUGCAUGUAUAUUCACAGUCUUUUUAAGUUGGAUAGUGCCCAAUCAUAUAAACAAAUUAAGUAGUACAUACAGGCGAAGUCAUGAGUGAGUUCAAGGUGCACCACCAUGUCAGCGAGUUGAUGAAUCAACUGAGUGUUAGAUCAACAGAUACUGUUGGAGCGGAAGUGUAUACAGAAAUGCUGUUGAAAAAUACCACACCCUACAUCACCACAAAUGUUUCAGCAAAUCAGGCAAAGAGGAAAAUUGCAGAGUCUACAAAAACACCAAUUGAGUUUAUGGCUAAAUAUGAUGACUUGAAAUCAAAGAAUGUCCGAGACCUGGAUACUCUUGUCUUCUUUCUAUCUAAGCUGGAAGAUGAACACCAGGUGAAGGAGGUGCUGGAGACGAUAUUCAAGGAGCAUGCAGAGGCAAUAGGGGCCACAACUGCGCCCCAUGACAUCCCGACACAGUUACUUGCCCCUGGCUCGAAAUACACACCUCAGAAUCUGCUCGAGAUACAGAUGCAGCUAAAAAAGCUGAAGGAGGGCCCAGCGUUUUCUCAAGUAACAACAUCGGAAAUUCUACGGAAAGCACUUAGGGAAAGACCAAUUCAAAGAAACGUAAAUGUUCCCCACCAGCCUGACUGGCUGUUCCAGCGACCAGCCCUCACCAUGGACUUCAUUGUCGGCGUGGACGGACCCACAGACUCUAACAUUGUCCCCCUGGGCAGCCUGCCUACCAUGAUGCAGGAGCACGCCAUCCUGGAUGAUCUGCUGUGCUGCCUACAGGGUAUAGAGGGGAAGUACAUACUGGCUAGAGCCCUCACUGAGCGAUAUGCUCCAAAAGAAUUCAUGAUUGACCAAAGUCUAGAUGCCUCCCUGCAAGAAAUGGUGAAGAGAAUUUUGCCACUGGCUUCCAACUAUUCAACUGUGGUUAGGUUUAUUGAAGAGAAGUCAGCGUUUGAGUACGGCCUGGUGAACCAUGCCCUCAGCUCUGCCAUGCGCACCCUGAUCAAGGACUACAUGGUGCUGGUAGCACAGCUGGAGCAGCAGCUCAGACAUGGCAGUCUCUCCCUUCAGAAGCUGUGGUUUUACAUCCAGCCCUCAAUCAAAACCCUGGAUAUCAUGGCAUCUGUGUCGAACUCCAUUAACAGGGGGGAAUGUAUUGGUGGAGCCGUACUAAGUCUUCUGCAUGAAAAAACAUCAAGCUUUAUUGGGGAUGUGAAAGGGCAGGAACUCUGUCUGUACCUCACUCAGUCUGCCUGUGUUCCAUACCUUGAGAUACUGGAGAAGUGGAUAUAUAAAGGCACCAUAACAGACCCAUACUCUGAGUUUCUGGUGGUGGAGAAUGUCACUAUACAGAAGGAGAAACUUCAGGAGGAAUACAAUGAUGACUACUGGGAGCACCACUACACGAUCUGUCGUGAGAGGAUACCAGUGUUCCUGGAACAGAUGGCUGACAAGAUACUCAACACAGGCAAAUACCUCAAUGUGGUGAGACAGUGCGGUCGUGAUGUGCAAUGCCCCAGUGCAGAGGAGAUAGUGUACACGCUGAAGGAGAAGAAGUACUAUGAGCACAUAGAGCGGGCCUACAGCUACGCCAGCAAGCUACUACUGGACCUGCUCAUGGAGGAGAAGGAACUGCUUGCAAGAAUCAGGUCUAUCAAGCACUACUUCCUACUGGACAAGGGAGACUUCAUUGUUCAGUUCAUGGACAUGACGGAGGAUGAGAUGAAGCAGGACCUGGAGAACAUCCACUGUGUGAGGCUGGAGUCCCUGCUGGAGCUGGCACUGAGAACCAGCACUGCUAACGUGGACCCGUACAAAGAUGAUCUCAAAGUGGAUUUGCUGCAGUAUGACUUGAUCACACAGAUGUUCACAAUUCUUUCAAUUGAAACCAAUUUGGAAGGAGAUUACAAGAGAUACCGCAGUGAUCCCACGGACCUUCAUCUUUCUGGCCUCGAGUCUUUCACAUUUGACUAUGUGGUGAAAUGGCCUGUCUCUCUGGUCCUCAACAGGAAGGCUUUAACGAGAUACCAGAUGUUAUUCCGACAUUUGUUCUACACCAAGCACGUUGAGAGGCAACUAUGCAGUGUCUGGGUUGGUAACAAGACAGCCAAGAUGUACAGCAUUCAGUCUGCGCGCUGGUACUCGGCCGCCUUUGCCCUGAGACAACGCAUGCUCAACUUUGUGCAGAACUUUGAGUACUACAUGAUGUUUGAGGUUGUGGAGCCAAGCUGGCACGUCUUCCAGACCAACAUGAACACUGUCUCCAACGUGGAUGACGUGCUUGGUUUUCACUCUGACUUCCUCAACAACUGCCUCAAGGACUGUAUGCUGACCAAUCCCCAGCUGCUCAAGAUUGUACACAAACUCAUGAUGGUCUGCGUCACGUUCUCUAACUUCAUACAGAAGAUGCACAUUGAUAUAAAGAGGUUGGGACAUACCACGGAGGUCCAGAUGGACGCCCUGGUGGGAGAUAAACACCCCAGGGACUUCGCUGACAAGGGCAAGAGCUCAGAAAAACAUAAACAAAAAGCUAAGGUGCUCUCUGAACAUGUUGAUGACCUUGUCCGCAAUGAGAACUUUGAACGGACCAUUGCAAACUUUGAUGCCAACUUCUCCAGACUGUUGCUGGAGCUUCUAGACAGGAUUAUGGAGUUUUCACAGAGCAAUGAUGGGGUCAAGCUCCUCAACAUCUUAUACAGGCUGGACUUCAAUGGUUUCUACACAGAGAGGCUGGAGGCAUUGUCUGCAGAGAGAGCGGCAGCUCUCAACACCUCCACACACAGCUCAGAGUCAGGAUCUACCAGCUCAUGGCCGACCACUACAUUUACAACCACAAGACCAGAAAAUGUUCGCUACGUACCGGGCAAACAUUACAGUCGCCAGGGACCCCCAUCUAGCACUGGUUCAGUUGGCUGACAGAAGAGAUUACAUAGAGAUUUGUUUGAUGAAAUUGAACUAGAAUAAACUUUUUCAGUUUCUAGUGUUUUGCCAACUUAUUUAAUUUUAAAAAGGCGCUAAUGGGUUUUAUUACAGAUGGUUGAAACCCCUCCUUAGUUAUUUUGAAAAAAAAUAUUUCCAUUCAACAAAUAUUCCAAGAAUUACUAUGUGCAUCUGGGAAAAUUACCCAAAAAAGCCUUGUAUAAAUACAUAGGUUUAACAGCUUUACAUGCAUUAUUCAAGGGGGAUGGCUUUGUAAUAUUGCAGAAUAAGUUCAAUAUGAUUGGUAUUAUGUAGAAGCCCCGAUACAUAGAGAAUUGAGGGUAACCAGUCGGGGUGGCUUAUACAACUUUGAAGUUAUUUAGUAUGUUUAUUUAGAUUCACAGUAGAUAGAAACUCUGUACUUUUGUAUAAGUGCUUAGUUUGAAAAAAAUAUAAAAACAAAAACAACAAAAACUGUUAUGAAAUUUAAUUUCAAUAAAGGCUGAGAUUAUACAUUUUAUUCAGUGAAAUUUCACAGCUAUAUGGACCAUUAACGCAUAUUUUGAAUGUAAAGUCUUUAAAUUACCAAUAAUAUUUGCUUGUAUAUCUUUGUAUUUUUAAAUAAAACAAGACAAUUACAAAACAUUUAGUUAUAAGAUUAGUACUUGUAUUGUUUUUGCCCUGUCUGGUUUGUUUGUUGGUUUGUUUGUUUGUCCCAACUUUAACAUUUGCCAUAACUUUUGCAAUAUUGAAGAUAGCAACUUCAUAUUUGGCAUGCAUGUGUAUCUCAUGGAGCUGCACAUUUUGAGUGGUGAAAGGUCAAGGUCAUCCUUCAAGGUCAAAGAUAUGGGUCAAAAUCGCUCAUUUAAUGUACCCUUUUGCAAUAUUGAAGCUAGCAACUUGAUAUUUAACAUGCAUGUGUAGCUCAUGGAGCUGCACAUUUUGAGUGGUGAAAGGUCAAGGUCAUCCUUCAAGGUCAAAGGUCAUAUAUAUGUGGACAUAGUGUUUCACAAACACAUCGCUUGUUUUUGGUAUUACAAUUAACAUAAAAUGGCAAAUGCCUAUUUGUUUUUACAUUAUUAAGAGAACCAUUUGCUAAAAGUGUCAUGUUAGCCAUGAACAGACAGAAAUGAGCCUGAAAAUCAACCUGUGAAAUGGUCCGAAAGUUUACCCCUAAAUCUUUCUGAAACAACAUCUUUUAAACCUUUUUAAAGAUCUUAAAUCUCAUUUACCCGCUUAUUCUUGAAAACAAUCAUAUUAUAGAUACCCAUUCAGCAUUCAUAUACUUGAAACAUCAUCAUUUUAUACAUCAGCGUAAAUUGACAUUGUAUAUGAAAGGGAACCUUUGUAGCUUAUCCCUAACAUUGAUGUUAAUUCUCUAUUCAAUUUUUUUUUUUUUAAAUGUAAGUAAAUUAUUAAAAUAUGUGCCUGUUUUUAUUGAACACUGGAUAAGUUGAUGUUUACUUGUAAAUAAUGUACAUAGUUGUUAUUUAAUUAUAUUUUCAUUCAAUGAAUUAGUUCCAUUGUUUGUCUGAUAAAAUGCAAAUAUGCAGCGUACAUGGUCAGAAAAUUAAUGUAAAUUGCUUUAAACAAUUUGAUUGUUUUUGACAGAUUUAUAAUGCCUAUAGGUAUUAGUAUUCUGUUCAUUAAGAAAUCUUGUUGAUACAGUGACCCUUAUUUUGUUAAGUGAUGUGCGUCAUUUUAAAAUCAAAAUGUAUAUAUAGGAGUCAUGCAAUAAAUUAUUUAUGACUA